GCAGUGCGGAGCGACGAGUUAUUAUGAGAACUUUUAAAAGAAAGACAAUGUAACCAGGCGUGCCUGGCGUAAACAAAUUGAAUGAAGAAAAUAAACGUGAAACAAUGAAAUACACACCGAGAUAUGCGUCACUUUGCUUGAAACAAUGCGAUUUUGGAAGGGAGGAGAAAGAGAAGAGCGAUAGAAAGGAGGAGGGGGGGGGCGUUCUGAAAUAAUAUAGUCAGCCAUUUUUUAUGUAAGGGAUUUUUCUUAUGGGGGGGUUGUUAAAAAAUAAAUAUAAGGGCGGCCAUCUUUAUUCCUCUCCCUUGUAGUGUAAAAUAUGCCAGACCGCCCCCCACAUUUUGUGUGUCGAUUUGAAUAUUAAAUUUUUUUUUUUAAUUCUAGAAAGACACUUUAUGUUUCUGAGCAAGAAGCGGGUGACAGGAUUAUAAUGUGCUCUCCUCUUCGCUUGUGUGAGGAAGACGAGCGCAUGGCGGUUAAUUCCGAGGGAGGAGAUUUCGACGAAGACGACGAGGACAACGGAGACAUAGACGAGAACGCAAGCGACAUAAACUCGCCGGCGGCACCUAGAGAAACUACACUAGCCACACCAGAUGAAGCUGAUGAAGGGGGAGAGCCCUCGGACAGGGAUGGAGGGACAAAAAAGAAGAAGCGCGGCCCUAAGAAAAAGAAGGAGACAAAAGAGAAAGAUGGGAAGCCGGCAAAAGGUCGCAAAAGAAAAAAGAUUGACAGUGAUGUAGACAGAGACUCUGAGCGGGAUUAUGGAGAGAACUCAGACAGUGGGGCAAGCGGCUUCACAGCUGAUGGGAAAAAGAAAAGAAAAAAACACAAAGAAAAAAAGGAGAAGAAAGUCAGGCAUAAGAAAACUGAGGACGGUGACAGCAACCAGGAGGAUGUGGUCAAGCCAGUGGAACAGAAGUCAUCAGGGCAGCUAGCACGAGACUGGGGAUUGGAGGAUGUGGAUCACACAUUCACAGAGGAGGAUUAUCACACACUAACCAACUACAAAGCCUUCAGUCAGUUCAUGAGGCCCAUGAUAGCUAAGAAAAACCCCAAGAUCCCCAUGUCGAAGAUGAUGACCAUCCUUGGGGCCAAAUGGCGAGAGUUCAGCUCCAACAACCCCUUCAAGGGUUCUGCUGCUGCCGUGGCAGCCGUUGCUGCAGCAGCAGCGGCCGCCGUUGCUGAACAAGUUUCGGCAGCAACUGCCUUCCCUGAGCCACCACCCCAACCCCCUCCGGUCCGCAAGGCCAAGACCAAAGAGGGCAAAGGCCCAGGGUAUAAGAAACGCAGUAAAAGCCCACGCGUAAUGGAGAAGAAGAAGGCCAAGGUCAAGAAGAUGGCCCCUCUGCGCAUCAAACUGGGAGUGCUGGGUGGCAAGAGGAAGAGAAGCAGCUCUAGUGAGGAAGUGGAUGGUGAAGACUCAGAACAGGAAGACUCCAGUGUUCUCAGCUCCCCUGUUCGCCCGGACAGCGGUGGCCGGCCCACCAAGAACAAAAGAGGCCGACCAGCCAAGAAGAAGAAGAAGAAGAAGAAGAAAGGUGCAGUUGUGGGAGAGGAGGGUGAUGGCUAUGAGACUGAUCAUCAGGACUAUUGUGAGGUCUGCCAGCAGGGUGGCGAGAUCAUCCUGUGUGACACGUGCCCCCGUGCCUACCACCUGGUGUGCCUGGAGCCUGAGCUGGAGAAGGCCCCGGAGGGCAAGUGGAGUUGCCCCCACUGUGAGAAGGAGGGCAUCCAGUGGGAGGCAAAGGAUGAGGACUUUGAGGAGUUUGAGGAAGAGGCUGAGGAAGUGGGGGCUGGGGCAGGUGCUGGUGCUGGUGCUGCUGCUGCUGCUGGGGAGGAAGAGGAAGACGAUCACAUGGAGUUCUGCAGAGUGUGCAAGGAUGGAGGGGAGCUGCUGUGCUGUGACUCCUGCACCUCGUCCUAUCACAUCCACUGCCUCAACCCGCCCCUGCCGGAGAUACCCAAUGGAGAGUGGCUCUGCCCACGCUGUCUGUGCCCCGCAAUCAAUGGCAGGGUUCAGAGGAUCCUCCACUGGCGCUGGGGUGAACCCCCUCCCCCGGUGCCCGUGCCCCCAGCCCCUGACGCCGACCCCCAACAGCCCCCUCCCCCUCCGAUGAAGGGGCGCGCAGAGAGGGAAUUUUUCGUCAAGUUGACAGGACAGUCCUACUGGCACUGCACUUGGGUCACUGAGCUCCAGCUGGAGAUCUACCACUCGGUCAUGUUCCGGAACUAUCAGCGAAAGACAGACAUGGACGACCCCCCCACCCUGGAGUACAACUCAGGGGGGGAGGAGGAAGGGGGGAAGUGUGAAAAGAGACGGGCCAAAGACCCACAGUACGCCGCCAUGGAGGAGAAGUUCUAUCGCUAUGGCAUCAAGCCUGAGUGGAUGAUGGUGCACCGUAUCAUUAACCACAGUGUGGAUAAGAAGGGGAAUUGCCUGUAUCUGGUGAAGUGGAGAGACCUGACCUAUGACCAGUGCACCUGGGAACAGGAGGACCUGGAUAUUCCUGGCUUUGCCAUUCACAAGGCCAAUUACUGGAAACACAGGGAGGAGGUGCUGAAGGAGGACCCAGACAAACCUAAGAGGAUGAGGAGCGAAAGGAAGGAGGAGGAGGAUGAGGAUGAUGAUGAGUCAUCAGGCACUCCUGUCACUGAUCCGACGGUGAAGUAUGAGGAGCAGCCCGACUUUGUGACGGUGACGGGAGGCACCCUGCACCUGUACCAGCUGGAGGGGCUGAACUGGCUGCGCUUCUCCUGGGCACAGGGCACCGACACCAUCCUGGCCGAUGAGAUGGGCCUGGGCAAGACCAUACAGACCAUCACCUUCCUUUACUCCCUCUUCAAGGAGGGUCACACCAAGGGCCCAUUUCUGGUGAGCGCCCCACUCUCCACCAUCAUAAACUGGGAGAGGGAGUUUGAGAUGUGGGCCCCCAACUUCUACGUUGUGACCUACACUGGGGACAAGGAGAGCAGGUCCAUCAUCCGUGAACACGAGCUGACCUGCAACGACUUGUCCGCCAAGGGAGGGAAGAAGGCCUUCAAAUUGCGGCAGGAGGCGCCCAUUAAAUUCCAUGUGCUCCUGACCUCUUAUGAGCUGGUGACCAUAGAUCAGACCGCGCUGAAGUCCAUCGACUGGGCGUGCCUGGUGGUGGACGAAGCCCACCGCCUCAAGAACAAUCAGUCUAAGUUCUUCAGGAAGCUGAAUGACUAUAAGAUUGAUCACAAGCUGCUACUGACCGGCACUCCCCUUCAGAACAACCUGGAGGAGCUUUUCCACCUGCUCAACUUCCUCACGCCUAACCGCUUCAACAACCUAGAGGGGUUUCUGGAGGAGUUUGCAGACAUCUCCAAGGAGGACCAGAUCAAGAAGCUGCAUGACAUGCUGGGGCCGCACAUGCUCAGGAGACUGAAGGCCGACGUCUUCAAGACCAUGCCAGCCAAGACCGAGCUCAUUGUGCGCGUGGAACUCAGUCCCAUGCAAAAGAAAUACUACAAGUUCAUCCUGACGCGUAACUUCGAAGCCCUGAACUCCAAGGGUGGGGGGAACCAGGUGUCCCUCUUGAACAUCAUGAUGGAUCUGAAGAAGUGCUGCAACCACCCCUACCUGUUUCCUGCAGCUGCCAUGGAGUCUCCAAAGACAGUGAGCGGGGCGUAUGAGGGAUCCGCUCUCAUCAAGGCUUCAGGGAAACUGCUGCUGAUGCAGAAGAUGCUGAGGAAGCUGAAGGAACAGGGCCACCGUGUGCUCAUCUUCUCCCAGAUGACGAAGAUGCUGGACUUGCUGGAGGACUUCCUGGACUAUGAAGGCUACAAGUAUGAGCGCAUCGAUGGUGGCAUCACUGGGGCCCUGAGACAGGAGGCCAUUGACCGGUUCAAUGCUCCUGGGGCGCAGCAGUUCUGCUUCCUGUUGUCCACCAGGGCAGGGGGUCUUGGCAUCAAUCUGGCCACCGCAGACACCGUCGUCAUCUUUGACUCAGACUGGAACCCCCACAAUGACAUACAGGCCUUUAGUCGUGCCCAUCGCAUUGGCCAGGCCAAAAAGGUGAUGAUCUACCGCUUUGUGACCCGGGCUUCGGUGGAAGAACGGAUCACACAGGUGGCCAAGCAUAAGAUGAUGCUGACCCAUCUGGUGGUGCGGCCCGGACUGGGCUCUAAGGCUGGGUCCAUGUCCAAGCAGGAGCUGGAUGACAUCCUCAAGUUUGGCACUGAAGAACUUUUCAAGGAUGAGAUUGAGGCUGGAGACAACAAGGAUGAGGACAGCAGUGUGAUACACUACGACAGCGUUGCCAUCGAGAGGCUACUUGACCGAAAUCAGGAUGCCACCGACGACACUGACGUGCAGAACAUGAACGAAUACCUGAGCUCCUUCAAGGUGGCCCAGUACAUGGUGCGGGAGGAGGACAAGAUGGAAGACAUUGAGAGGGAGAUCAUUAAGCAGGAGGAGAACGUGGACCCAGAUUACUGGGAGAAGCUGCUGAGGCAUCACUACGAGCAGCAGCAGGAGGACCUGGCCAGGAACCUGGGCAAGGGCAAGAGGGUCCGCAAACAGGUCAACUACAAUGACGCGGCGCAGGAGGACCAAGACUGGCAUGCUGGUGUUUCAGAUAACCAAUCAGAGUAUUCUGUGGGCUCAGAAGAGGAAGAUGAGGACUUUGAUGACAGAACAGAGGGCCGUAGACAGUCUCGGCGUCAACUUAGAAAUGACAGGGACAAGCCACUGCCCCCCCUGCUGGCCAGAGUUGGGGGAAACAUUGAGGUGCUGGGUUUUAACACUCGCCAGCGGAAGGCAUUCCUAAACGCUGUGAUGCGAUGGGGGAUGCCAGCUCAAGAUGGCUUCUCUUGUCAGUGGCUCGUUCGGGACCUCCGGGGCAAGAGCGAGAAGGAGUUCAAGGCCUACGUCUCCCUGUUCAUGCGGCAUCUGUGUGAGCCGGUGGGGGAGGGCUCGGAGACGUUUGCCGACGGCGUGCCGAGGGAGGGCCUUUGCCGCCAGCCUGUCCUCACCAGGAUCGGAGUCAUGUCCCUGGUCAAGAAGAAGGUGCAGGAGUUUGAGCACAUCAAUGGGAAAUGGAGCCUUCCUGAACUGAAACCGCUGGUCAGCAUGGAGUCCUCUCGAGGGUCCUCCCCCGGCCUCAAAACCACCACCUCCACCCCCGAACCCAGCGCCAACACGACCCCCUGCACCUCUACACCAGCUACCCCCUCCCCACCUGACAAAUCGGAGAAAAACGGAAAGGAGCCCGUAAAGGAGGGAGAGAGCCAGCCAGAGCGAGAGGCUGAGAAGGAGAAGGAGGAGAGCGAGAAGGACAGCGUUGAAAGCAAAGAUCCCGUGGAGCCUCCGAUCACCAUGAAGGACGCAACACAAGCUUCGUCCCCCGGCCAAAAACCUGACACAGAGGAAGGGGCUGCGGUGACAGAGGAGGAGGGGAAGGAUACUCCCCCAGCCCCCCCACAGGAGGAGAGGAAGGCAGAGGAGAACAAAGAGAAAGGGGGACCCGCUGACACCGAGAAGCCGGUCUCCGAUACAGCGCCCCCUGCUGUAGAAGAAGAGAAUCAAGAGGUGGAAAAGGUGGAAGAGGAGGAGGAAAAGACAACAGAUGAAAAUGGCGACGAGUCAGCCGGAGUCUCAGAAACAACAGGUGGAAAAAACAAGGAGGAUAGCCUGCCCUCUGAUGUCAAGAAAGAGGAAGUGAAAGGUGAAAAGGAUGCUGGGAAGGAUGUCAAAGGGACAAAGGAGGAAAUUCCCAGAGGGACCAAUGGGAAGACAGAACGGCCACGCUUCAUGUUCAACAUCGCUGAUGGCGGCUUCACUGAGCUGCAUGCACUUUGGCAGAAUGAGGAACGGGCAGCUAUAUCCUCGGGGAAGGUGAACGAGAUCUGGCACCGAAGACAUGACUAUUGGCUCCUGGCAGGCAUCGUGCUUCAUGGAUACGCACGUUGGCAGGACAUACAAAACGACGUGCAGUUUGCCAUUGUCAAUGAGCCAUUCAAGACGCAAGCAAACAAGGGCAACUUCCUGGAGAUGAAGAACAAGUUCCUGGCUCGCCGUUUCAAGCUGUUGGAGCAGGCGUUGGUGAUCGAGGAGCAGCUUCGCCGGGCAGCGUACCUGAACAUGACCCAGGACCCCACCCACCCCGCCAUGGCCCUGAACGCGCGAUUCGCCGAGGUGGAGUGCCUGGCGGAGUCACACCAACACCUGAGCAAGGAGUCACUGGCCGGGAACAAGCCUGCCAACGCUGUCCUACACAAGGUGUUGAACCAGCUGGAGGAGCUGCUGAGCGACAUGAAGGCAGAUGUGACACGGCUACCUGCCACACUGUCCCGCAUCCCACCCAUCGCUGCCCGCCUUCAGAUGUCUGAAAGGAGCAUCCUUAGCAGGCUGGCCAACAAGGGGAACGAGGCCCACAUACCGCCGCCUAUCCCCCUGGGACCAUAUGCAACACCACAUAAUUUUGGGGCACCCUUUACCCCUGCCCCACCGGGAGCCAUGUCUCUGGGGGGAACAAACUACAGCCACAUGCCCCCUGGGUCAUUCAUAUCAGAGGCUGGCACCUUCCUGAAGACCAAGGAGCACGACGUCCUGCAGCGCCAACGUGUGGUGGACCUGUGGAAGGACGGCAGGUCGGAAGGGGCCAUCGGGCUGGAGCUGAGGAUGCCCAAGUCUACGGUGCACAGCAUCAUCGUCAAGUACCGCCUCAGCAACACCGUGGAAAACCUGCCCCGCAACGGGAGACCCAAGAAACCCUAAGAUAUGGAGAUGGAGACAAAGAGAGGGGGAGAGAGAGAGGAAGGGAGGGAAGAGAGGGCUGGUGUGAGAGAGCACAGGAGUAGGGAGUCCCAGAAACCUCUUUUACAUGGAUAGUGAGAGGGAGGGAGGGCCGAUGUGAAAGGGAAAAAGGGGAAAAAAGAACUGGGAGAGAAAGAGGUGAUAGAGGAAGAGACAGAAGGAGAGUAAGAGCCCUCUGGAUGGACGUAUUUGGUCUCUUCACUGAUCCACAUCUUCACCCAAACGCAGCUCUGCUCUUCUUCACCGAGGACCACCCCAUUCCCCUCCUCUUUCUCCCCCCUAUCUCAAAUAACACCCACAGAGUGAAAGAACGGGACAGUGGGACAUAAAUAUCUUUUUCUCUUUUUUGCUCAAGAAUGAUAAAAACAAAAAUGGUUUGCAAUCACUCAGAUGGAGAACACCUAAGGCAUGAAGACAGCAGGAUGAUCUUGCUGGAUCUCCAAGCACCUGAAAUGUGCCCGUCCUUUACCAAAGCUUUACAUCCUCAGAAUUUCCUCAAACAAACACAAACAACAGAAACUCUUCCUGACUUCAGGACCAUGCUAAGGAAUCUCUGGAUGACCCAGUUACACGGAAGCUCAGGAAUCAGGGAUUUAACAUUUAAGACUGACCCUGCUGACCCUUUCAUCACAUCUUUUCCCCUUGUUGGAAAUGCUUAUUCAUACCUGUCCCUGGAAGGAUCAAAAAGCUCUCAUAGUCUGGAGAGGCAUGCUGGGAGUCGGGAGCUUUGAGUCGGGAGAAGACUUGUGAUAUCUAGAAGGAAAGGAUUAAGAGGAAACAGAUUUUCUCCUGCUUCUGCAAAAGAGCCAAUCAAACUGUUUGAUAAAAAACAGAAACAUCUCUGUCCCUGGGCCACUUAGGUGGGUCUGCGGGGGGCAGGAGGGUUGUCUGGGGUGGAAAGGAUGACUCCGUCUGUCAGACCUCACUUUCCUUGUUAGAUUACAGCCAGACACUCGGGAACAUGAUGAGAGAGUUUAUGCCGAAGGAAUGAAAGUUCAGAUAAAAAAGUCAUCAGCCAAAAUGGAUGUUUUCAAGAGCAGUUUUGUUCAGUGCAGCCAAUGGCUGCUGUGCUCUCUGAGAUUCAACAUGUCAAAUCUUGAGUCUGGAGUUUAAAGAUGAAAUGGAUCCUCUCAACCAACUCAUAACUCAUGGUUAUGGAAACAGUCAUUUAAUUUGUUAAUGGUUGUUUUAAUGUGGACUGUGUAGUUUUUACUUAGUAACAUUCUAAAAUAUUUUUAGAAUUGAAAACUCAGCAUUCUUGUCUCAGCCACUGUUGCAAUCUUGAUCUGAACCAGGCUUAACACCCACACACUCACAUGUGCGCAUGCACACACACACACACACACACUCACACUCACGUGCGCACACACGCACUCACGCACACACACACACACACACUCACGUGCGCACACACGCACUCACGCACACACACACACACACAAACACACGUGCAUGUACACACACACACAUGCACACACACUCACACACACACAAACAGAGGGAACAUUGGUCAGAUCAUAAGUACAAUAACUCCCAUUAGUGCUUCCCUACAGGAAGUUGUGUCUUACACUGUGUCUGCGCAGUGUGUAUGUGUAUUUAUGUAAACUGUAGUAUGUCAUUCACUAUUUUAUACAAUAUGCAACAUUUUCACAAGCAAGAAGUAGAAUUCCUGCGCUAAACCUUUAUGGAAAACCCUUUGAAAAGAGAUAUAUACACACAGUAUAUGUUUUACCAAAGAAACUGUGGCAAAACUCUGUUCACAUUGCCCUCGAUAUACCUGGUGGUAUGCACACUUUUCUGUAGGACUCUGUUACAUCAAGCCAAGUUACCCAAAUGCUGUAGCCAUCAGGGUAUAACCAGUCAAUGUCAUAUGACUGUAAUCUUGUUUAUUUUCCUAGUGUUUGAAGCAAGCAUGAGACAAUGGGUUUUAUCCUAAUAUGAUUCUACAUUUUGAAGUCUGAACAUUCGUUGGGUAUCCUUGCCAAUCGGAACGUGUUAGAGACACAUGAGCUAUGAGUGAUGUGUAUAUAGGGGUUGGUGGGAACCAUGUGUAUGUAUGUUUAUUAAAGUGCUGUGACUCUUCAGUUAAUGCAUAUGAAUGCAUAUAACAGUUUUUAUAAAUGCUAUAUAACUCCCAUCCAUAGUAAAGUAUUACUAAAAUGUUGUCGCUGGGAAGUAAAUAGCAGAAGAACAAACAACAGUACUGUAUUUAGAAGUAUGACAAGGAAGAAUUUGUGGAUCGGAUUAAAACCUUCUUGUGAAACAACAGCAUUAGACAUUGUGAAGCUUAUUCUCAAAUGGAAUCAUCUGUCCUAGUAACUUGGUGAGACUGAAGUAUGUCUUGGAAUUUGUGGUAGCUACAUACAGAAAAUGAAAAGGAGCAACCCUGAGCCUGAACCCUGAACCCUGAACAGUCAUACUGUUCUGGAACUGUUCAUUUAGUAUGUUUUUAAUCUACUACUACUACUCAGUAUCAGGACCUAUUGAGCAUGGGUGGGGAGAUGUCCAUCAUGAAUUAUGCUGAUGUAUGAAUCUGUCUUGACAGGCUGAUACACUGUAUGACCAAAAGUAUUUUGACACCCCUUGGUCUUGGGCUGAUUUCAUGGUUUGGGCUAGGCCCCUUAAUUCCAGUGAAGGAAAAUCUUAAUGCAGUGAAAUUCUAGGCGAUUCUGUGCUUCCAAAUUUGUGGCAAUAGUUUGGGGAAGGCCCUUCCCUUUUUCUGCAUGACAAUGCCCCUGGGCACCCAGUGAGGUCCAAAUAGAAAUGGUUUUGUCAAGAUCGGUGUGGAGGAACUUGUCUGGCCAACUGCGAGCCAGGCCUAAUUGCCUGAUCAGUGCCCGACCUCAGUAAUGCUCUUCUGGCUGAAUGGAAGUCAAUCCCUGCAGCAAUGCACCAACAUCUAGUAUAAAGCCUUCUCAGAAGAGUGGAGGUUGUUAUAGCAGCAAAGGGUGGACCAACUCCAUAUUAAUUCCCAUAAUUUUUGGAUGAGAUUUUGGAUGUCAGGUGUCCACUUACUUUUGAGGAUGUUGUCCAGUUCCAACCAGUUUCCCCUUGCCUACUUGAUGUAAUGGAGCCUUAGUGUAUGAGGACCACUUGUGCUGCUUAGGGCUGUUGGAAUUUAUCACUUGUUUUCCUGGUGUUUCACUAAGACUCAUCAAGAUGUAUUUAAAAUGGCCCCAUUAUUUAUGUGGUCAAAUUUGUGUUUGCUAGGACUAUGAAAGACAAGUUAAAGUGUUUUGUAGGGUGGAAACAAGCUGGAUUUGGAGGAUUGUCGAUCACUCUACUGCAGAAGUCUGCAACCCUAGUCCUGGAGAUCAUCAGGAUCUUCUGUUUUUCUGUUGUUACUCAGUUGGUGAAUUCAAUUAUAGCAACUGAUUGCACAGUUAACUUACCUCACUUGGUUUCUUGGGUCUGAACUAGUUGCUGAUUUUAAUGUGAAAACAAAAACUGGCUGACCCUGCCACUCUCCAGGACAAGGGUUGCAGAGUCAGACUAUUGCACAUCUCAGAAUCUGCCAGUCAAAGUAGUGGAUUGGUAUCUCUGUAAUCACGACUGACAAACUCAUGUUCAGGGUACAAGAAUUCAGCACAAACCCUUGGUUGCCCCUUUUGUUGGAACGUCCCUGAAUUUGAAUUGUGUGAAAAGGGCGGCCCUCUUGUGACACCCAUUCCUUGUCUACCUUGCUAUCAUACAGUAUCUAUAAAUCUGAAUUUGUGUGUUGAUUUUCACAUAUUAUCAGAUCUAUUGAAUUUAGGAUCAUAUCCAUGCAUACAUAAAUGAGGCCCCUUGUGAAUGACUAGAUGUCAUAGUUUAUUAUGGUACAAUGUACUGUUUUGUUGUUAGAAUAUUGCUUGUCAUUUGAAAUAGACCAAAGGCUCAAUCAUUUCUGAUGAGUUUCUGUAUUCCAACAAAAGCCAAAAGUAUAUUAGACACCAAGCAAUAAUAACUAAAUGAUGAUACUAGUCAAAUGCCUGUAAUGUUAAAACAAAAAUAUCAGAAUCAAUAACAAUGUGUAAUCUGUGACUUUGAACCAGUCUCUUGGUUUUCAAUUCAUACUGUAUCUGUCCACAAAAGCUGCUGCAGUUUUUAUGUCAUCUUAGUGUCACAUACCUCAGUGUCUAUAAUGCUGAUAUGACCUGAUACACAAUCAUGCACUGCCAUUUAGAUUUUAACAUGUAUUCUAUUGUGACCCACAAGUCCAUCUCAACUCCAGUUGGCACAGCCAUUUGAUUUGGCUGAUGUUGGAGCACCUGUAUGUGUGUUGUGCACCCAUCUGUGAACACUGCCCCAGUCUCUGUACUAUAUGAGUCUCCGUGUCCUCCCCAACAGCAUUCAAAAAACUUAACAGUUUAUUUUUUACAUUAUUCUUUUUUCCUAUAUGUUAUUAUUAAUGUAUAAUGUAAGCUUGCACAUUAAAGGAAGUAUCACGGCUGUUCCACAGCACACAUCA